CAUUCCAAGCUUCGAAUUCGAAUGCCUGAAAGUUUGAUACUAUCAGACAUUCGGAAUCAAAAACCCUACCUCUACCCUAAAAUCAUAUCUUAACUUCAAUUUUCAUUUUAUUUUUUCAAAACAAGAACGAUGUUUCUGGCAAAGACAUGGUUAUCAAGGAGCUUCUCAACUCUAUCUUCUCAUCCUCUACGCGUCUGUGUUGUUGGCAGUGGACCAGCUGGCUUCUACACCGCCGAGAAAAUGUUGAAGGCCCACGGAGAAGCGGAAAUUGAUAUCAUCGAUCGAUUGCCAACGCCGUUCGGUUUGGUACGCUCCGGCGUUGCACCUGAUCAUCCUGAAACAAAGAUUGUGAUAAACCAGUUUUCAAGGGUUGUGCAACAUGAGAGGUGCUCAUUCUUUGGAAAUGUCACUCUUAGUUCUUCCAUUUCUCUAGCUGAGCUUCGUGAGCUAUAUCAUGUGGUUAUUCUUGCCUAUGGUGCUGAAAGCGAUAGAAACCUUGGUAUUCCUGGAGAAGAUUUGUUGGGGAUACACUCAGCUAGAGAAUUUGUUUGGUGGUAUAAUGGGCAUCCAGAUUGCAAAAACCUGAAUCCUGAUUUAGAAAGAACUGAUACAGCUGUAAUUUUAGGCCAGGGAAAUGUAGCUCUUGAUGUUGCUCGUAUUCUUCUACGUCCUACAGCAGAAUUGGCAACAACUGAUAUUGCCAGCCAUGCUUUGGCUGCAUUGGAACAAAGCUCUAUAAGGAAAGUCUAUUUAGUUGGAAGACGUGGACCAGUCCAAGCGGCUUGUACUGCAAAAGAGCUACGUGAAGUUCUUGGUAUUAAAGAUUUGUAUAUUCACAUCAAGGAAGUCGAUUUACUUAAAAGCUCUGAAGAUGAGGAAGAGCUGAAAAGCAGUAGAAUUCAGAGGAGGGUCUAUGAGUUGCUCUCUAAGGCUGCCGCCUCAGGACCUUCCCAUCCCAGUUCAGGUCAAAGAGAACUUCACUUUGUUUUCUUCCAGAAACCUGAUAGGUUUCUAUAUUCUGGUGACCAGACUGGUCAUGUUGCUGGUGUGCACUUUGAGAAGACUGUUCUUAAAGGUGUUGGCCCUGGAAAACAGGUUGCUGUAGGUACUGGAAAAUUCGAGGAUCUUGACUGUGGGAUGGUGCUAAAGAGCAUCGGUUAUAAAUCAGUACCUGUUGAUGGUUUACCCUUUGAUCAUCAGAAAGGAGUGGUUCCAAAUGUUGGUGGUCGAGUGCUCACUGAUGCUUCAGGAGAUACAACACUGCUCGAGAACGGCUUGUAUGUUUGUGGGUGGUUGAAAAGAGGACCUACUGGGAUUAUCGCUACAAACCUCUAUUGUGCUGAAGAAACUGUUGCAAACAUAUUACAAGACCUUGAACAAGGAACACUUGCUGGUGCUACUAGUUUGUCAAUGCCAGGCAGAGAAGGACUCCUCGAGUUACUUGAUGAUAGAAAUGUUAGAGUAGUACCAUUCGAUGCUUGGGAAAAGAUUGAUGCUGAAGAGAAGAGGCUUGGGGUUCCGAGAAACAAACCAAGAGAAAAGUUAACCACAUGGGAAGACUUGCUGAAAGUUGCAACAGAGUGACAGCCGCUGUUUAGUCAAUUUUUAUUUUAGAAAAAAAAAAAUAAAAAUCAUUUAUACAUCUGUAAGAAUAAAAGUUAAAACGUUUGAUUUGAACUGAGGAAUUAUCAUUUUUUAUUUUUUUUUGAGAGGGAAUUUAAUUUUCAUUUAUCUUCUAAACUUGUUGAAACCAGUAUUUCUGUCUAAUCGUCUGGUUUCAAUAUCCCUUUCACUAAUUUUAAUUUUGUUGGGUC